CGAAGGGACCCAGUAGCCAACGAGUGCCCGACCAGUCACUACCGCUAUCUCUUCGGUUUAGCUUGAUCGUAAUUUUCCCUGUAUGUCACCGCCAAAUGUCCAAGACCAAGGGCUCUUCCUACCGAAUUCUGGUCUUCACCCUUUUCCUCUUCUCUGCCAUCAUGUCCAACGCGUUGACGGAAGGACCAAAAUUCGCAGAGCCGAUACCUAACGUGACGGUGGCCCUCGGAAGAGACGCGUCUCUCCCUUGCGUCGUCGACAACUUGGGCAACUACAAGGUGGCCUGGAUCCACAUUGACCGUCAGAUGAUACUGACUAUCCAUAGGCACGUCAUUGCGAGGAUGCCAAGGUUCAGCGUUUCCCACGACAACCACAAAACAUGGCUGCUCAACGUUAACCAGGUUCAGCAGGAAGAUCGGGGCUACUACAUGUGCCAAGUUAAUACGAACCCGAUGAUCAGUCAAGUCGGGUACUUACAAGUAGUAGUUCCUCCUAAUAUCCUGGACGACCAGAGCACGCCAUCGUCAGUGGCUGUCAGGGAAAACCAAAACGUUUCCCUCACUUGUAAAGCCGAGGGUCUUCCUCUGCCCAAACUCUCUUGGAGACGAGAGGACGGACAACCUAUCAACAUAGAUAAGAAAACGAAAAUCAAUAUCCAAGAAGGAGAACAGCUCAAUUUGACAAGAAUCACACGAAACGAAAUGGGCGCAUACCUUUGCAUAGCGUCGAACAGCGUUCCGCCUUCCGUCAGCAAGAGGAUAAUCCUAGACGUAGAAUUUUCGCCGAUGAUCUGGGUGCCGAAUCAGCUCGUAGGAGCUCCAGCGGGGACGGACGUGACCAUUGAGUGCAACACGGAGGCCUACCCGAAGGCGAUCAGCUACUGGGUCUAUGAGGGCGUCAUGCUGCUCCCGACCAAAAAGUACAUAUCAAACAUACAGGAAAACUCUUAUAGGACAUACAUGAAACUGACAGUGAGAAACCUCACGAGCCGAGACUUCGGCAGCUACAGGUGCAUAUCGAAAAACUCGCUAGGAGAGACGGAAGGGUCUAUUAGACUUUACGAAAUACCGUUACCUUCUCAACAGCCUAGGACCACAGAGAUCGGAAACAGGGCCGGCAAGGACACUCGGAAGACAAUCCAGCCGGUAAGAAGGACAACGACAGUUACCCCCAGAAGAACAACCCCUUCCACUACAACCACCUCCUCUAUAAGUAACUACGUCGUAAAAUACUCCUCAGGCAGAAGAAUUGACCCCAGCUGGACAAGCCACCAGUUUCUAUUGACUGCUAUUUUAAUCUUGGACAGCGUUCUCUUCUACUGUUAGCAGUCAAAGUUUGUUUUUCCCGUUGUAUUUUUUUUUUCUGUCAAUUAUUGUCAGCUUGUGAGAUACGAUUGUUUUCCAUUUGAAUGACUGAAAAGUAAGAUACAACUUUUACAAACUGACAAUAAUAAAAUAUGUUGGCGGUUUUUUGAUAUUUUUUACAUUACUUGAAAUUAGAAAUUGUAUCGAAAAAAUUAAAUAAAUUACAAAUAAGUUCAUGAACACGGAAUACAGCAUAUCUUUGUCGAUCAGUCAUUGUAGGCGUUUUAUAAGUAGAUGAUGACAUAUCAUUUCAUGUUAAAUUAAAAAUGAAAAGUUUUCUACAAAUCAGGUUCACUCGAUAAUUAUUUUAUAUAUUUUUUCUAAUAAUUGCUUUUAGUGAAAACGUGGCUGUUAACAAAAAAUUUAAGUUUUUCCAAGAUUAAAUUCAAUUUCAAUCAUUGUAAAUAUACUCAAUGUGCCAAAUGUAAUCGUUGUUUCUUGUUUUCUUUUUUCGAUAUUGUUAUAGAGAUGUUAAAUUUGUAGGAAGAUGCUUAAUUUUUGAAUAGGUUUAUUAACUGUUCUGUUGUAUGAAUGUUUAA